AUGUACGUUACCUAUUGGUACUGUGUGGCAUUAGCUGCGUCUUCUCUGCUCCUUGCUCUUUGGCGGCUGGCCCGGUCCACGAGACUUCGCUUUUCUAUUCACGACAGACACUACAUCUUAAGCCGCAUCCGUUCAUUUCUACUGAGAGUGGUACUCCCCCGCGCCUUUCUCGGUAGCCUUAACUUUCUUGAUAUUCUCUUCAUUGCAUUGUUCUUUAUCGGCAGCGGCCUCGCUACCAGCCUAUCCCUCUAUGGGCUGGGCCAGCUCCGCCACAGGGCGGCGACUCUUGGUUCAAUCAACCUACUGCCGGUCUUCAUCGGCCGCCGCAUCUAUACGAGCAACUUGGUCGGUGCUUCUGCCCGGACGUAUCGCUUGAUCCACGCUUGCUUUGCCAUCGUCGGCAUCGUUCAGGCUGCUUUACACUCGGGCUUAACUGCCCAUCUGGCAACAAGAUCCAGCAUCCAGGAUCCGUACGUCUUUUAUACAGGCCUUGCAGUACGUCUCGCCGCAAAAGAUGAAGUGUGCGCACUAACAUCGCAGGGGAUCGUAUUCCUUGUCCUGCCUGCUCUCAUUUCGCCCUUUCUGUUGCUCCCUUUGCGCCCACGCCGCUUGGUCCGUGGCACGCAUCUCGCGUUGGGCCUGCUAAGCUUGCCGAUGCUUUGCUGCCACAUUGCCCUGACGUCCCAGGCCGGCAAGAUAGUCGUUGGAAUCUGUGUCGGCCUGUGGACCGCCUCAGUGGUCUACACCUGGUUACAUGCGCACCUAUAUGGGACAGGAGAAGUCCAAACGGUGGUUGAGCUCACCGGCGCUAGCAUCGUGCAUGUUCGGACCACAAAACAAAUAAGGCCUUAUGCUGGAUGCUACUACUACAUCGCACAUUCGGCUUUUUCUCUAGCCGUCGACUCCCCUCAAAUCGUGUUCCACUGGACCGCCGGCGCCAAGAACGAGGGCUCGGACCUCUUUCUCCUUCUCGAGGGUCACCACGCACAUAUAAAGAGCCAUGCACAGGUCCUUCUUGAUGGGCCUUAUGGCCUCAAUACGCACCCGGAGAAGUAUGAAACAGUCGUGCUUGUGGCUCAAGGCCGUGGCAUCGCUGGCCUCCUUCCGGCCGCCAUGCAAAUCGCGCGCAUUGGCCGCCAUGACCGGAUCACACGUCGAAUCGACCUCCAAUGGAAGCUUGAUCACCAUGACCAAGAGGAGUGGGUGGAAGAACGGCUACAGAACCUCAUCCAGCUCGAUCCUCACAGGAGCUUGUUUGCGGCCCACCUCUACUAUCCGCGCCUGCGUGUUCGUUCGCUGAAGAACCUUAACAUACCCGAGAAACACUCCAAACAAUGGAACACAUUUCGGCUUUCGCAUGAUGAAUGCAUGAACCGCAUUCGUAGAAACAUCGACUCGAAGUCGCGAUACGCCGGGCACAUGACCGUCCUAGCGUGUGGGGACCAGGAGUUCACUGCGGAGAUCCAGAGCUACGUCUUCCAUCUACCUACUAUGGCUAAGUUUGCCAGUAUUGACUUAAAUUCCGGCGGAAAGAGGCUGUCGCCGCAGGACAUAAGUCACAUUCCAGGCACGUUGGCGUGA